AAAGACAGAGAUAUAGGAGGGGUCACAGAGGGCGAGAAAAGCUGAAGAGAGAGAGAAAAAGAGAGAAAGUGUGUGAGAGAGAGAGAGGGAGAGAGAGAGAGAGAGAGAGAGAGAAUCUGAAAGGGAGAAAGUGUCUAUGAUUAACAGCAGAGGGUGACCGAGCUUUCAGGCUGGAGAGGUGAGAGAGAGAGACAGAGAGAGUAGAACAAAUAGAGAAAUGCUGUCAGUGAGUAGGACAGGGGAAUGAGAGUAGAUAGAACGAGGGAGAGAGAAGUGUCUAUGAUCAACAGCAGAGGGUGACCAAGCUUUCAUGCUUGAGAGGUGAGAAAGAUAGAGAGACAGAGAGAGAGAGAGAGAGAGAGAGAGAGAGAGUGAGUAAAACAGAGAGAAAUGCUGUCAGUGAAUAAGCAGGGGAAGGAGAGUAGGUAGAGCGAGAGAUAGAGAAAGAGAGAGAGCAAGAGAGUGAGAGAGAAUGCAACUGCACACAUUCUGACUUGGAUGUUUCUAUCAGCUUUAUCACUGCUGGACGCUCCAAUGGUCACUCAGAGUGUUACUGACUACAACAACGCACAAAGAGAGGUGAGACGUUCUGAGUGCAGGGCCGUGUGAGGUGUGGGUUUUGCGUGAUGCUGUUCAGCAGGGAUGCUGUUCAUCUCUCUCCACACCCCUCUUUCUCCCCAGCAGCACAUGUGACCUAGUGCAGCCCCUCAGGCCUGGGGUUUAGUACCCCAUGAAUCCCAGCCCGGACCGCGGCAAAGAGUGCCUCCCCCCAAAAAAGCGGGAAUCCCGACAGGGUUCGUCUGAACAGCGCCACCUGGAGGACGACUUUAAACACCCGGCACCACUCCGAAGCCGGCGACAACAAGUGUCCGAGGGCAGGGAAAGUGGUGGAGAUUCACGGUUUGAUAAAGAUCUUCUCCCACCCCCUCCACCUCCACCACCCCCUCUGCCACCACUUCCCUUGGGACUGCCAUGGCAGAUGCCCUAUCAAUCCUCCCUACACCACCCAUUCUUGCCCAGCCAGGCAGGGGAAAGACGUGGGUCAGGGUCACCAUCUUGGAGAGACAGUGGAACCGAACCUCAACCAAUCCCUCACCACUCCCGCUGGCUACGGGGCGACAUGUCUCCUUUAGGUUUGCAGCCACCAAUCUCCGUGCCUACCUUCAAGAGCACUUAUGCAGUCGAGUCCAGGGAUAUGUGGCCCUAUUUCGGACCCACAAGGCGAGAAUACACCUCCUCUCUCUUCUCUUCCCAUCAUCUCUUUCCUCAGCCCUCAAUGUACCCCCCUGAUCUUCUCCCAGACAGCAGGCUCAGGUACCCAAAUAGGAGGCCCAAUGGUCUGGAUGGCCCAGGAAGUAGAUCUGAAUCAAGCUCAAGGCUAGCUUCCAGUUCAGACUGUGGAAAUGAUGCCCGAUCCAGACUGGGUGGUAGUUCCCAUUCCAACGGUAGGAAGAGGCAUCAAGAAGAUCUGGCAGGCCGCAGUACAGGAAGAGGUACCCUGUCCCAGGAGGGUCCUAAUGCACAUUCCUUCCUACAUGAGCCUGACAGGGACCCUAGGACUCUGGGAAUGCCCAAACCUCCCAACCCCCAUGUAUACACCUCUGAUUCACGGACAGGUAAGGCAACAGCUCCUCAUGAACCUUCCAGUGGAAGUGCCUCCCAGGCUCAGAUCUAUUACUCGCUGGGGUCGCUGUACCCCUCUGUUCACCAGAACCCUCAGGCGCUCACCAAUCUUAGCCCCUCAGGUCCCCCUCCUUCUCCUUUGAGGAACUCCCAACACUCUCCACACUCUCAGCACAACAGCCAUGGGACCGAUCAAGAGCAGGAGCUUUCUCCAGCAUCCUACCGUCCUUCGGUUUCAAUCCUCAGUGGCCCUGACCCACCCCCAAGUGCAGUCCUACCUCAUUUCGCCAAGGGUUCCCUUAUCGAAUUGGCCAGCGGCCGUCUGAAGAGGGUGGAAGAGCUGCGGACAGAGGAUUUUCUGCACAGUGCUGACACCUCGCCUGAGUUCCACCUGAGUACCUGCACCAUCCUACUCAUCUCGCCUGGCCCCGCUGACGGCUUCAACCAUCUGCAGGUUCUGCUUGCUGACCGCAACACUCAGGAAUUACUGACCGUUUUAGAGGAGUAUCCAUUCUUCGUGAGGGACCGUGGGUGGUCUUCUUGCAGCCCCCAGCGGAGCGCCCAGCUAUACGGCCUUCCCUGCCGCCAGUUAUGCACAGGCGACGUUUGCCUGGCACUGACCCCGACGCCCACCUCAGCCAACGCCACCUCAAACCGGACCCACUCCCGGGCACAACGUGGGCACGACCGUGCCACCACAAGGUCAGAGGUCACACAGGUCAGCACACGUGAGGCAGAACGGAUGCCCCCACCUCCUGCACCUCCACCCUCCACCCAAAUCCCUCCUCCUGAUUUGCAGAGCCAGGAGAAGCCACGCCCCCGAAAGAGACGCUGGUCCGCCCCCGAGCUGCAGGACAGGACCUGCCCGGAUUUACCUCAAGGCUGUAAACGCGUGAGACAGCAGUAAGGCUAACGUUCACAUUGCAAGGUUUUAGAGUGGCACAAAUACAGAUGUUUUGGCCUAAAAAUGUGACACAGAUCUGAUUUUUUUAUGCAACAAUCUGAUCUUUUGAAAGGCAGAUAUGAGCCACUUUGUCUAUGGUCACCUUACAGAGUCUGAAGUGGCACAAAUACGAUUUUUUGCCUCAGUGUUUCACAUGCUAAUUGCAUCACAGGGUAAAAAUAGUGUCAGCCAGCAGGCUUCAGCAAAACAAUUGGGUUCCAAAGUCUUUAAAAAAGCAUAAAAAUUGAUCAAAUGAGUCUGUAAAUACACCUCAAAAAGAACAGUUAGUGCACUGGACUGAAAAUGACAUCACCUAUGACAAAGGUGCUAACAGUUCUGUAAGAUCAGAAAGCUGUGGCUUUCAAUGUUGACAUCAAAAUGAACUCUUUGUUGAAAAGAGAGUGGCUGUUUUUUUGUUUGAUAUGCCAUGUUAGUAAUACAACUGAGCUAAAAUGAGUUAAGGCUAACUUGGCCAUCUAGUGAGUCAUCCCUGUUUCCAGGGCACUUUAUUUAAAUCGUUCAAUUUCUAAGAAACUACUACAUGUUUGCUAACUUGCUAGCCUAGCCGAGGCCAAGUGCAUUCCUGUUCAAAAUCUGGACCCUAACCAAGACCUUAGGAACCAUUUCAUUAAUCUUCUGAUGUUUUAGGACACAGGUGUGCUACCAAACGACUUAGCUAGCACACUGAGCUGGAUUACCAUGACUGGCUCAUUUUUGAGUUUAACAGCACCUCCACUGCAGGCAGAGCCUGACAAACACUGAUACCAUUUAGCUAUGUGGGCUAACAAGCUAGCUAAGUUAGCUUUCACACACGUAUUGGCUCGGCUUUCAUUUGAAUAACAUUGCAUAUCAAACCAAUGCAUUCUCUUCUGGUUUUUAAAAGUGAAGCAGCUCAUUGGCUUGAUGGUCUUCACUCCAGGAAUCUAGAAAUCAUCACAAAUAUAACAUUUUUGUUGUCAUUAAUGCAAGUAGAUCACGCAGAGGACGUGCAUGUGGAAGUCCUUUCAGGGCAUACUGAUGAAAGAUAUGGGCUACUUACACUAACCUUCAGAAAUGUAAUCAUAUAAAAAGUUCAUUUAUAAGAAACUGAUUAAAAGUGAGAUAAUACAAAAUGUUAGGUGUGUCCUGAAUGACAAUCAGAACUGUAAUGUAAGAAUGCCGUUAUGAAAUUAAUAUCUUUAAAACCAAGAGUACCUCAUUUUAAAAGUGAUCAGAUAACGACAACAAAAUAAUGUAAAUAUAUAAUUAAAAUGUAAUAUUUAUCUUUCAAUAACUCAUCGUUGCACCCAAACAUAUAAAAAUACAUGUUUAAUUACAGCAAUUAAUGCUCUUUCAUAGUACAGAUUAUUCAUCAGCAGUCUCAGUUAUUGAUUAAUUGUACAAUUUAUUAAUUAACAGCAUGAGUUAUUGAUCAAGAGCAAUGGUUGUCAGUAGUAUAGAAUACUGGUCAGUAGUGUCUGUUAUUGAUUAAUUGUACAAUUUCUUAAUUAACAGCGUGAGUUAUUCAUCAAGAACAAUGAUUGUAAGUAGUAUAGAAUACUGGUCAGUAGUUUCUGUUACUGAUUGAUUGUACAAGUCAUUAAUCAACAGCAUGCAUUAUUGAUUACAAACAUUAUUGGUCAGAAGCACAGAUGAUUGGUCAAUAUUUUCUGUUAUUGAUUAAUUGUACAAGUCAUCAAUCAACAGCAGGAGUUAUUGUUUAAGAGUAUUGAUUGUCAAUAGUAUAGAUUAUUGCUGAAUAGCUUCUGUUAUUGAUUAAUUGUACAAGUCAUGAAUCAACAGAAUGAGGACUAAUCAAGAGCAUUGAUUGGUCAAUAGCAUAGGUUAUUGGUCAAUAGUGUUUGUUACUGGGUAAUUGCACUAAUUAUCAAUCAACAGUUAGUGAUCGAGAGUAAUGAUUGCCAGUAGUAUAGAUUACUGGUUUCUAUUAUUGAUUAAUUGUACAAUUUAUUAAUUAAUUCAUGAUUUGGAGCAUUGAUUGUUGGUCAGAAGCAUCUGUUAUUGAUUAAUACUGUCUGUUGUUGGUUUAUUGUACAAGUCAUCAAUCAACAGCAUAAGUUAUCGAUCAAGAGCAUUGACUACUGGUCAAUAUCAUAGGUUAUUGGUCCAUAGUGUCUGUUAUUGAUUAACUGUACCAGUUAUCAAUCAACAGCAUGAGUUACUGAUCACUAGAACUGAUUAAUGUUAUUGUAUGUAAAAUAAAAGUGACUAAUAAGGCAAAUAAUUCCAAACUCUCAAAAGAAUAACAAACAGAAAAGAUUGGAUCUGAGCAAAAAAUCGGAAUCGAGUCACCAGGCCUGUAAUGUGAACGUAGCCGUAUUUUCUGUGUCUCCGCAAAUCCUCGACACGACCACGACCGCUCACCUCUGCUCAGAUAGGAGUUGACGGCACACGUGAGGAUUUUCAUAUGAACUUGAUUUUGUCAGUGACCUCAUGGUUACUCUGGAAGAGCCAUGGCCUCAAGAACUGUCGUUUUAUCGGCUAACACGGGUGGACAGAGGAAAAAUAUAAACGUAAUGCUAGUGAAGCCCAAAAUGCACAGUGCGACUGUCGAGUCUUUUACGUGAGACAAUCAGAAAUCACCUGUCUUUGACGCCACGCGGUUAACUGUCUGUUUUAGUAAUGGUCGUUCCAUGCCUACUGACAGUGUUUUCUUUCUUCAGGGUAAAUCUUUUCAAUCAGUAUUAUAAAGUAAAUAAUAUUGGAUGGAAAA